UUGCAGGUAUAUCAUAUGAUAUAUAGCAACGUGCAUUAUAUCUACGCACAGAUAAAUCAGGUGCAGAUUUUGUUCAAUCUGAAUUCAAUCCAUCCAAGAAUAUCACACAGUACGGACAUGGCUUUCAAAAUAUUCGUUCUAGCUGCCUUGGUGGCCGUAUGCCAAAGCGUUGCCGUUUUACCCGGUGGACCAGUUUAUGGCGGAUACCCAGCUGUCGGAGUUGCUAAAGUGGCUGCCGUUGAUGACUAUGAUCCAAAUCCUCAAUACAGCUAUAGUUACGACAUUCAUGAUGCCAUUACCGGUGAUGCCAAGAGCCAACAAGAAACUCGUUCUGGCGAUGUAGUAACUGGAUCAUACUCUCUCAUUGAAGCCGAUGGCACUCGUCGUGUUGUUGAAUAUACCGCAGAUCCCCACAAUGGUUUCAACGCCGUCGUUCACAAAGAACCAGUAGCAACCAAAGUUGUCGCUCCAGUUGCCAAAGUUGUAUCGCCAUACGGUUAUGCAGCCCAUGGUUAUGCCGCCCCCGUUGCCAAAGUAGUAUCGCCAUACGGUUAUGGUGCACCAGUUGCCAAAGUUGUAUCACCAUACGGUUAUGGCGCUCCAGUUGCCAAAAUCGCUUCACCUUUGGGCUACCCAUACGGCUCACCUUACGGAUAUCAUUAAAACGGAUCGAAAAAAUGUGUGAUCACAGAUCGCGAAAUCAAAUUGAUUUGGAAGAGAAAUUGGUCCCAACUAAGAUUGUGGUAUUUCAAUGUGAUUAAAAAGAAAUGUGCGUGGGAUAGAUUUUCGAAUUGGUUUGGUUUUCGUUUGAUCUGCAAAUAUUUUGUAUAUAAUUCUUGUUGACGAUUGUGAAAAAGUGCCUAAUUUAAUGAUAUUAGCUUUAAGACUGUAUGACCGUGAGACAUUCAAAUAUACAAAAAAUUAAAAAAAA